AACUGAAAAUUAAAUUAAUUAUUGUUAAGUCAAAUAAAUAAAUAAUAAAUUAGUAUUUCUGAUUUUAGUUUUAUUUCAAGUUAAUCAAAUGAAACAAAUUCAUAUUAAAUUAUUUUAAAAUAUUUAUUGCUAUGCAUUGCACAAAAAAUUAACUAAUCAUAAAUAAGCAAAUCUAAAAUGAAUCCUUAUAUUAAUCAAUUUCCUAUGUAAAGUCAAAUUUACUUUCUGUUUGUGGAUUCUGAAUCUAAGAACAUUUAUAAAUCACUAAUAUAUAAUCAGCCUAUAAAAUAUACUUGUUCACAAAUUCAUAACCAUAAGAUCAAUCCAUUAUCUCCCCCCCCCCCAUUUUAACUAAAACAUAUCUGUUUUGAACAUUUCGCUAUGUCCAAUCAACAACCAUCGCAGCUCAUUUCAUUGCAGCAAGAUGGUUUAUACCUUCUCGACUUCAACAAAACAACAUCAUUGAAACUCAACUUGCCCUUUACAUUACCGCCCCCGACCGAACCUGUCUGUAUUCUUCAUUGCCGUGGAAUCAUGUGUCUCACACUUGAAGGCCACAAUGACCUAGCCAUCUGGAACCCGAGUUCCAAAGAAUUCAAGAGAAUAAUGAUGUUUAAUUCGCGUCAAACAACAAAUCCUUUGGGAUUCGGUUAUGACCGAUUCUCUGAUGAUUACAAGAUCGUGACUAUAAUCGAUCGCAAAACCUUUAUCUACACUUUCAAAGAAAAAUCUUGGAGAGAAAGCGUGCCGCGAGAUACUUCUCUUGAUUGCAAAUUUAAAAACCGGACCGGUACGGUUGAGGACCAUUGUAUGUAUUGGAUAGCAGACCGGUCACACAUCAAGAACCCUUGUAAGGAAAACACCAUCCUAUGUUUCGAUUUUGUCAAAGAAGAGUACAAAGAACUGAACCUUCCGAUAACUUGUAAGCAGAAAUUUAGUUCCUGGUUAGGGGUUUUAAGGGGAGAGUUAUACAUUAUCGAGCACUACCCAUGUAUAAAUAAUGACAUAUGUGUAUGGCGUCAAAAGAGUAGCGACAAGAAGAUCAAGAAAUGGCAAAGUGAACCAUGGAUCAAUAUGACCAAACAUCUUAAAGAAUUCAAAAACUUUGAAGUUGUGUUUGCGUGCAUAGCAAGAAACGAUGACGUCUUCAUAGUGGUGAAAGAUACAAGAAAUGGAGACGGGAAGGUUAUGGUGUACAAGGCCCGAGAGAAGUUCAUUGAAGUUCCAUUUGGUAGUUCGUUGAAAGGGUUUAGAUGUAUGAGUGAUUAUAUAUGUCAGUAAGGGACGUCUCAAAUUUAAAGAUCCUGUUUUAAGAAAAUAAUGCUAUUAAUCUAACUAAUAUUUCUGAUAAUUAAAAUAAAAUUGUUUAAUUA